AUGGAUAGCAUGAGUGAGGCAUUUGAUCAAAUGCAAAUGGUCAAGGAUGUUCUAGCCAACAGUGAUAAAGUUUCAGAGGUCCUACAAGAGUCUACUCAUCAGUUCAACCUGCUUACUUCACCCACCUUCCUACCAAAGGUCAAGGAUCAAGGGAAAUUCACUCUCCCUUGCACACUUGGGCAUCUUGAGAUUGACAAUGCCUUAGUGGAUUCUGGAGCAAGCAUCAAUCUGAUCUCUCUCUCCAUGGCAGAGAAGCUAGGCAUAGCUGGAGCCUUGCAGCGCCCUACUACUUCAAUCAUGUUUGGAGAUGCAACUUCUAAGUCUCCUCUUGGAGUGUUCAAGAACUAUCACUUGAAAAUUGGAGAAUGCAUCAUCCAAACUGAUCUCACUGUGAUGGAAAUGGAAGAAGAGAAGGAUUUGCCUUGUUAUUGGGAACCCCUUUCCUUACCUAGAGGUUCAGACUUUUGUGCCACAAUUGACAGUACCAAUCUCAGUUCUAAGAGUCAUGGAGCUACAAAGGUUGUGAAGGAAAGGGUUGACAAGGAACCAAGAGUUGGGAAGGAUAAGGAUGAGAGAGGACCAAGGAUUGAGAAGCCACGUCUUGAGAGGGCUAGAGUUGAGAAACCACGAUCUGAUAGGCCAAGAGCUGAGCGACUUGUUCAAGCCCCUUGUGUGCUUGAUGAAGAGAGCCUUCAAGCUUUGUUUGAUGAGCCACUAGGAAGGGCUCUAAAAGAAGGGGAGGAUGCAGCCUCUAAGGCAAGACCAGGAGAUAAAAGAAAGGAUCCACCAGCUCAGGCCCCUUCAGUCAAGCCAUCUCAGCUCACAAUGACUUUGUUCCCCACCAAGUUUGAAAAUGGGAAGAUUGAGUACAAGAUAAGGUACAAGGGGAGAUCAAGGCCAUUCUCUAGAGCCAAGGCCUUGGUGACUUCAGAACAGUCCAGGGACCCAACCAAGCUAAAGGAGCUUCUGUCUCAAGUCCUCACUAUCACCCUUGAUGUUUACUGCUCUUCAAUUCCAUCAUUCAACAAGGUCUUUUGGAGCAUUCUGGAGCAUAUGGGACAUAAGGAGCAUGGAGGGACUUGGCACAUGGAAGCAGCUCAACUGGACACGCAAAGGAAGAAGGGAGAAGCCAUCUUGAAGACCAGCUCGACCGUCCACUCGACCAACCGGUCGAGUUCCUCAACUCGACCGGCCAAGCUUCAACUCGAUCGAGCUGGGGAGUCAAAGUCAAACCCGAAAAAUGUUGCUUCCCCCUUGACUUUCCUUUGA